ACCUCCAAAAACCGCGUCUCGUUUAGUUGUGAUUACAAAAAUAAUUAGAAAAUAAAUACAAAAUCCUAUCAUAUCCAUUUACAAUAUGCCUUUAGACGUCCAAGGCACAUUCGUAUCUCAAAAAAUCAACAAGGUGCGAUGGAUUCCCGAAGAAUACGUCGAAACGAAAUGCUUCUUUACCGGCAGUUGGGACGACGACGUGAAUUCCGUUAAAGUUUGGACCCUCGAAAGCCAGGAGGAUGAAGAAGUAGAAUAUCCCAAAUGUCUUUCAGAGUUCCCAGUGGAAGGAGAUGUUACUGAGAUUAAAUUUACAAGUAAAAACAGGAUAGCUGUGUCUACGUCCGAUGGAGACGUGAAGUUGUUAGAAAUCAGUAUGUACGAGAGAUCCCAGCCGUUGAAGGAGGUUUUUAAAUGGGAGAAGUUACACAAAUUUGGUGAAGACAGUUGCUGCUGUACGGCAGUGGCCACCAUGGACAGUGACAUAGCAUCGGUGGGUGAGGAUGGCAACAUUAACUUUCUGAACGGGCACCGAGGAGAUAUAGUCCGCACGGUCAACGGUGCUGAUAGCUGCUCGCUGCAUUCUGUGUGCUAUAUCAAGUAUCAUGAGAUUAUAACCGGCAACCUCCGCGGCCACAUGAAGAUCUGGGACUCCCGAUCCUCCGAAAACAAACCCACCGCCUCAUUCCUUCUCGCCGGAGACGACUUAGCAGCAACCUGCAUUGUCAGCCACCCGACACAACCUCACAUCAUACUUGCUGGCAGCGAAUCUGGCUCGCUAGCCAUAUGGGACUUACGUAUGAACUCAUUCCCUACUUCGCUGCUUAACGCUCACGCUGCAAGCGUUACAGAAAUGCAGUUCCAUCCAGUGAAUCCAUCAAAGUUGAUAUCGUGUUCGGUGUCCGGUGAGAUUUGGGAGUGGAAUAUGGAAGCGAUGAUCAAGACUACGAAAGGAGAGGAUAGCCAGGUCGCUACUUGGAUGCCUUUGGAGGAUAAGAACACUAUGGUGGUGAAUUCUUUGAUGCCUACGCUGCAUAAGGCUAUUAAUACGGUGCAUUGUGAUAGAGGGAAGAUAUUGUGCGGUGCGGACAAUGAAGCUGUGUAUCUUAUUAAUAAUUUUAAGUAUUAAUUAUUAAAUUUACGGUUGUUAAGAUUGGUUUUAUCCAUCUAAGGCUCAUGGACC